UGGCCGCUUUGGAGGGAGACCCAGCACAGAGCCCUGAGCUGAGGACAGAGGUCAGGAGGUUGCUGCGACCCGCUGGGGAAUGAAUGAGUCACCGGCCCCCGCGGGAGCCUGGUGCCCUGCCCCCCGGGCGCCUUGCGUGUUCUAAUGAGUAACAGAAGGUGUCCUGUACCAACAGGCCGCUGGCCACGGCCCCGGCCACUCUCUGCACAACCGAACUUGCUUCUCCUCCACUUCCUUACUGUGGCUUUGAACGGGCUGAGUCGCUGUGCACAUGCGUGCGGCCGGCCGGCCGGCCGAGGAGGCCUGGGCACUGGCGGCCGCCUCAGGACAGUCCCGCAGGACCAGCCGUGCCCCCUGCUGCACCGCCAGCCGAUCGCUGAGGUCCAGGCGGCCCGGCCCCGACGGAGCACAGCCAUCCAGGAAAUACGAGCGAAAAGAGAACAUGUUACGUCUGGAGCACGCUUGGUAAGGACCUGGCUAGCUGUGACAGUCGGCGCACUUCUGGGUGUGACGCCCUCCGCCAGCAGGGAUCUAUCUGGUUCGCGUCCAAACAUCCUUCUUCUGAUGGCAGACGACUUCGGCAUUGGCGACAUCGGCUGCUAUGGCAACGACACCAUCAGGACUCCAAAUAUUGACCGCCUCGCACGAGAUGGUGUGAUGCUCACCCAGCACCUCGCGGCCGCGUCAGUGUGUACCCCAAGCAGGGCAGCUUUCUUAACGGGCAGAUACCCUCUCCGAUCAGGUCUGUUCUCCCUCCUGUCUCACCAUGGCUCUGGAGAAGAGCGUGUUCCCUGUAACUCCUCUAAUGCAGGUAUGGUUUCCAGUAAUGGUUAUCGUGUUCUUCAGUGGACGGGAGUAUCUGGAGGGCUCCCGACCAACGAGACAACGUUUGCAAAAAUAUUAAAGGACAGAGGCUAUGCCACUGGGCUAAUAGGAAAAUGGCACCUGGGUCUCAACUGUGAAUCUUCCAACGAUCACUGCCACCACCCUCUCAACCACGGAUUCGACCAUUUCUACGGAAUGCCGUUUUCCAUGAUGGGAGACUGCAUCCACUGGGAACUGUCAGAGAAGCGUGCAGGUAUGGAGCGGAAACUCAACGUCUGCUUCCAAAUCAUGGCCGUGGCUGCCCUCACGCUCACCGCUGGGAAACUCACCCACCUGACGUCAGGCUCGUGGACUCCGGUCAUCUGGUCAACCAUGGCUGCCAUCUUACUCUUUACAACCUCGUAUUUCCUGGGAGACCUGAUUGUUCACGCAGACUGCUUUCUGAUGAGAAACCACACCAUCACUGAGCAACCCAUGCACUUUCCAAGGACGACGUCUCUUAUUCUCAAAGAGGUCUCGUCCUUCAUCCAAAGAAACAAGCAAACACCUUUCCUCCUCUUUGUGUCCUUUUUACACGUGCACACCCCUCUGAUCACCACCGAGAAGUUCCGCGGAAAGAGUGUCCACGGGCUGUACGGGGAUAACACGGAAGAGAUGGACUGGAUGGUGGGGAAGAUCCUUGAUACUUUGGACACGGAAGGCUUGACCAACAGCACCCUGGUUUAUUUUACGUCGGAUCAUGGGGGAUCUUUAGAGUCUCGACUCCGAAACAACCAGUAUGGCGGCUCGAAUGGAAUCUAUAAAGGUGGCAAAGGGAUGGGGGGCUGGGAAGGCGGGAUCCGCGUCCCGGGGAUCUUCCGGUGGCCUGGGGUGCUGCCGGCCGGCCGAGUGAUCCACGAGCCCACCAGCCUGAUGGAUGUCUUCCCCACUGUGGUCCAGCUGGGGGGCGGUGAGGUGCCCCAGGACAGGGUGAUUGAUGGCCGGGACAUGCUGCCCUUGCUGCUGGGGACAGCACAGCACUCGGAUCACGAAUUCCUGCUGCAUUACUGCGAGAAUUUUCUGCACGCAGUCCGCUGGCACCAACGUGACGGAGGAAGACUGUGGAAAGUCCACUACACGACCCCAGUGUUCCACCCACAUGGAGCCGGCGCCUGCUACGGGAGAGGGGUGUGCCCGUGCUUCGGGGACCAAGUGGCCCAUCACGACCCACCUCUGCUCUUCGACCUGUCCAGAGACCCCUCCGAGGCGCACGCCCUCACGCCGGACACGGAGCCCGCCUUUUACCGGGUGAUGGACACGAUCUCACGCGCCGUGGAGGAGCAUCGCCGGACGCUCAGGCCAGUCCCGGUGCAGCUGGACGCGCUGGGAAACAUCUGGAAACCCUGGCUGCAGCCGUGCUGUGGCCUGUUUCCCCUCUGCUGGUGUGAUCGGGAAAACCGCCAAGCAUAAGCGCCUCCAGGGAGAACCAGGUCCCCCUUCCAGAUCCCUGCAGGGACUCCUGGUGGGUUCUACUCCGUCUCAGUUUGCUUCUGAGGACUUCGGGGUUCCAAGCAGCAAAUGCCUCUAAACCCA